AUGCUGCAAGGAAAUACCAUGAAGGCCAGGACCCUGAUGUCGGUCACCCUGAACUUCCUCGCCCUGUUCUUCGCCGUGACCGCGUUCAUAACGACGUACUGGUGCGUGGGCACCCAGAGGGUCCCGAAGCCCAAGUGCAGCAAGCUGCGGACCCACCAGUGCAUAGACUAUGGAGUGAACGAAACCGACCCCAACAAGGUGGUUUACAGCUGGGAGACCGGGGAUGACCGGUUCCUGUUCCGGCAGUUCCACACUGGAAUCUGGUUCUCCUGCGAGGAGAACAUCCACGAUGAAAGUGAGAGAUGCCGAAGCUUCAUCGAUUUAGCCCCCGCAUCAGAGAAAGGGAUGCUGUGGCUGUCGGUGGUUUCGGAGAUGUUGUACAUUUUCCUCCUGAUGGUGGGCUUCGGGCUCAUGUGUGUGGAGCUGGUCCACUCCAGUAAUGUCAUAGACGGACUCAAGCUCAAUGCCUUUGCUGCCGUCUUCACGGUGCUCUCAGGUCUUCUUGGCAUGGUGGCUCAUGUGAUGUACACUCAGGUCUUCCAGGUUACCGUCAGCCAUGGCCCGCCUGACUGGAGGCCCUACAACUGGGACUACGGGUGGUCUUUCUGCUUGGCAUGGGCGUCUUUUACCUGCUGCAUGGGGGCAUCCGUCACGACACUCAACUCCUACACAAAGACCGUCAUCGAGUUCAGACACAAACGCAAGACUUUCGAGCAGACUUUCCGGGGGGAGAACACACGGGAGGCUUACGGAUAUUUCCGGGAUCACUCCUUGCACUCCAUCUCUGAAACGGUGAAUGUUUACUCCAAUCAGUCCCUGAAAAGCGGCAGGAGGACUCCCAUACCUGCUGACUCCCUGGAUCUGACUGACUUUGCAGCCUCUUUGGGGGAGGACCAGUGCUGACUGAGGCAAAACACUGACGGCAUUCCUCUGAGCGGUUCGUCUUGGAAAGUCAGAGAUGCUUUCGACUAUUGAGCGUUCAACACAGGAUUGAAGACCAGACUUUCAGCCUUAAAUCAAACUGGUCGUGGAGCUUCAAUUACAAGAGCUCAAACUUGAGACCAGCUCAGAACUGGGAAAA